GGUGGCACUAAUCACCCGUCAUACAGCGCUUUGUUGUGAGCGCAGCGCCGCACUGCACGUAAAAUCGGAAGGUUAAGAGAAGGUUAUUUCUAAUCAGCCUGCUUCUCCUGCAGGAUUCAUUCAGAAUUUGCAAAAUACAGGCAGUGAGGCAGCUCGCCACGCAUGCAACGAGGAAACGAGGGUCGUUUGCUCCAUUUCCGCUGCAGCAAGGACAGAGGCACCGGUCGGAGGUCCAUGAGAGGCUCUCUGGAGAAGACACAGCUUCAGCAUCACAGUUGUGUGGAGGAGGUUGAACCAUGGAUGGAGGGAGGCUGGAGCAGCAGGUGGCCAGUGUAGAGAGGGGGAUCAUCUUCCUGAAGCAGGAACACCUGGUCAUGCUGACCGGGCUUCAGCUGGAGAUCUCACACCUGAAGAGGCGCUGUCACGAGCUGAGCUGUGAGCUGGACUCCAGGUUUCCUGACAGAAACGCGACAGAGGAGGAAGAAGAGUUGGCAAAUCGCUGUGAGGCUGCAGAGCGCCUCCUGGAGCGCCAGCAGUGCGUGAUGGUCACGGCACGUGGGGAGCUGCGAGUCAGCCAGGCUCGAGCUUUUGCACUCGGAAGGAGCCUCAAGGAGGAAGAACGACGCUUCCUGGAGGAGCUAAAGCGCCGCAGUCACAAGAUCACGCUGCUGAAUCAAGAGCUUCAACACCAAAAUGUUGUAACGACGACCCUCCAUCACGAACUUCACGUUGCACGGUUAAAACUCUUCCAGCAGCACCAAAGCGCAGGUGCUGCUGCAGGAGGAGAGGAGGAAGGCAGAGGUAAUGAGGAGGAAGAAGAGGAGGACGAGGAAGAUGGAGACUCGGAAUGGCUCUUGUCUCCACAUCCUCCUGCCUCAUUGAACCAAUCAGAGACGAGACACAGGAGGAGCGUCAGUGUGAGGGAAGAACGGGUGAGAGCCUGCAUCCCACAGGAGAGAGUGACAUACCCACAGAGGCCACACUCCAUGCCUGACCCAGCCCUCUUCCUGGUGCCACUCAGGUACCGCCUCCUUCGCUUGAGCCAGCCAAUAGGAUCACAGGAUGAGGAUGGUGGAGAGGAUGAGUGGGAGGACAUAGAGGACAACAGGGUCCACAGGAGGGUGGACAUGGGAGCAGGGGAGGGAGAAACUGCUCUCUGACAAAAGUCUCUGCAGGUGUCCAACAGCUUCGGUUUUAGAGGUUUCCGUGGAGACAGAUGUAACUUUGUGAUUGUCUGUAGGUUCCAGAUUGUUUGUUACUUUUCUAGCUAACACAUUUAGAUCCAUCCAUCUAUUUUCUUCCGCUUAUCCGGAGUCGGGUCGCGGGGGCAGCAGCCUAAGGCGAGAGGCCUAGACUUCCCUCCCCCCAGCCACUUGGGCCAGCCCCUCCGGGGGAAUCCCAAGGUGGUCCCUGGCCAGGUGAGAGACAUAGUCCCUCCACCGUGUCCUGGGUCUACCUUUAGGUCUCCUCCCGGUUGGACGUGCCCGGAAAACCUCACCAGGGAGGCGUCCAGGAGGCAUCCUGACCAGUUGCCUGAGCCACCUCAACUGGCUCCUCUCGAUGUGGAGGAGCAGCGGGUCUACUCCGAGCCCCUCACGAAUGACCAAGCUUCUCACCCUACCUCUAAGGGAGAGCCCAGCCACUCUUCGGAGAAAACUCAUUUCGGCUGUAACGGAAUGAAAUGACUGUUUUCCACCUAAAGUAAUUUUCCCCCUCUCCUCUGACACAGAACUAGUCAGCAGGAGAUAUGGCCUCAAGGUCUCAUGCAUUUGUUAACUGCUUCUUUCCAGCUCAACAGAAGAAUGAAGAAUGGACUCUCUCCUUUUAAUAAAUUAAAGAACUCUAUUUUUAAUAAAGCUAAUCAAACAGUUAGUCAAUAAUAAGAUGUGAUCAAUCUGUGAAAUCAAAAUAUUAAUUACUUUAUUAUAAUCCUGUAGAAUAUAAUAAGUAAUAUGACUUUAUAUGUUCCACUAGGACUGGUCUCACGUAGCGUUAAAAGCGUCGACAUAAUAUACGUGACACAUUGCUUUCACUGAUCCAAUCAGAAUCUGCCAGAUCUGACGGAGGCGUGGUUUUGGUGGUGCUUGGUGAAUCUGUCAUCUUUUCAUUCGACCAUAAACCAAAACAUCCGAAGUAUAAAACUAUGCCAGAGUCAUCUUUAACGCAGUUCAAAGCUUUCUAGAGAAGUUGUCCAAGUGGCCAUUCCGUAACUUUCCUCUUCAGCCAAAUGAACCAACGACAAGCUGGAUAAAAUCUGUUGCUGUUCCAACUGCUGCAACGGUUCCUUUCAGAAUAAAAGCUGAACCAUCAUGACCCGGGUUUGGGUCUCGCUAGAAGCCAUCAAAACUGUCGUGACCCGGAAGUAUCUCAAGACUGGUGGUCGGCUGCCGUGGCUGCUUCUGCAGGCUUCGGCUCCAUAUAGGUUUAGCUGGGCCUUUAUACCUCCUGAUCUAACGGGGACUUCUGCUAAGGGUACGUAGACUGACAGAAUGGCGUCGAAUGAGUUUAUGAAUCUCCUAACCAAAGCUUAGCGUGAAGACAUCACCUUCGUUUCCCAUCAGAACUAAUCGCUUCUUUGUAUUUGCUGGUUCUGAGCAACAUUCCACACUACACCAUUCUCUGUCUCAUUCACCUUAGUUACACCAUACAUUUAGUGUUUCAGUUAGUCUAGUUCUAAUUUGAUUAGUAAUAAAUCUUUAAACUUUUAAA